CUCAGCGUGAACGACAUCACCUCAAUCUUAGAGACGUCUGACUCAUUCAAUUCACACAACAGAUAGGGAACCCGGCGGUCUGUCUCUCUGCCCACACCGGCAUCUGUUCUCUCUGGAUGGAUUGAUUCGAUCAAUGCACUUGACUGCUGAUGCUCAAGCUGCCUCUGGCCACUUUAGCACAACCAACAACAUUACAACAAUCACGCCAACAAUCAGGCCGCGACUACCGGGCCACCGACACGUGAGUGUCUCGACGGAUUGGCGUAUUGCUACCGCUAGUGGCUCGGUCCGUCGGAAGAGGGCGGGGGCGAGGGAUGAAGGUAUGGUAAGACAGCAGGAUGAGCCAUCGAGACAUCGAAAGGGAGGCGAACACGGCACAAAAAAUGUCUGCCAGAGCAGCACGCCAUCACACCAAUGGUCGGUCAUAACAAAAACCCGACAAAGGCGCUCAUUCUCCCUUUCCCUCUCCCAACGUCUACACGCCAGCAUCUGGCAGCCCCCAUCUGUCAAUUCUGCACAGCUACCUGGUCACUCGUCCACACACACAGACACUCACACACACACAUCGCAGCCAGUCCAUGCAGCACAUAAGUGUCGUCAGCUGAUCCCCACUGCCCCUCUGCUAUGAAUGACCCACCACACACAACAGCCGGCCUGACAGACACCACCAUCACCACACACAGAGAUCAGACACGAACACGGUCACAAAAUCAGCCCCUCUUAUCAAUGAGUGCCAUUCCCUCACCUCAGGCAUUGAGAACUGCAGUCAUUGUCACCCAUGUGCCCCCAUAGCCACUGAUGCUUCUGAUGGUGAAGCUGUCGAUGUUGGUGCCGACAGGGACGGAGGUCUCGAUGGAAGCACGCUGCUCAGCUGUCGUCCCGUCGACUCUCAGCUCCACACACUGCAGGCCCCUGAUGUGCGAGGUCACCGAGGAGAGGCUGGUGCGGACGAAGCUGCCGGCAUCCUCCACACUAUCGGGCACUGAAGGGGAGGGAACACACACGGCAGAAAUGAGGACGGAGGAACACAAAUGGCCUCUUCUCUCAGCGUACGUGUCAUUGUGAAACGAAGUUCCCUGAUCGUCGGCAACUCGUUGGCCGCCCCCAGCAGCUGGUCGACACCGAUGUGCCCCAUCCACACCUCACCCACCUCUCUCUCACUCGCCAGCGCCGUCAACACGCCCACCCUUUCCUCACCCGACAGCCUGUUGAUGUACACCCUCCCCAGCUCCUUGGGCAUCUUGUCGGCCAGCAGCCGGGCGGCUGCACCACCCAGGUCGCUCGAGACAUACAGCUGUGAGGCCUUGGGGAACGGCUGCAUGUGGGCGAUGAUGGCGGGGUAGGGCGAUGGGGUGUUGGCGCGGGGAUGGAAGCCAGGGGCAUGAUUCUCGACGAUCACCUCACGGCCUUGUCGGAAAGAGAGGCCGGAUACAAUGUCGACGGCCGAUUCACUGGGGCUGCCGAGGUUGUCGGUGAGGCCAUCCUCGGUGAAGAUGUACUCCACCGAUGAGGCCGUGUCUGCCAGCUGCUGGAUCAUGGUCUUGAAUGAGGGUGAGGGAUGGGAGGGGAGGGGAAGUUGGGGUGGUACAAGAUGGAGAGGUCGAAGCCGAAACGGCUGGUGUUGGUGAGCGUGAGUGGGGCGUCCUGUCGGCAGCACGCGCCGACCAGCUGGUCCAGGGCCAGCAGUAAGGGUAAUGUGGGGCGGCCGAUUCUGUAGAACUCACUCGAGUGCAGCUCCUUGAGUGACCGUCGACAGCCCCGCGCAACGAGCACUUC